AGCACAGCCCGAAUAGGAAGGCGGUCAACUGCGCAUAUAAUACCCCUGACUGCUGCGGGGUCAGCCUAGAUGACAAUAUGCACAAUACACAUACAUGUGGGCUCUCAAUGACUAAGAUGCUAUGCAUGCUGCCUAAAUCCAACAACUAGAAGCUCAACAGUAAAAAAAAAACACCAACAAUAGUAUCAACAAUACAGACCAUAUACCCAGUCCAUUCAAAGGUCAACAGUAUACUCAGACAGACUAAGGUUUCUAGUCCAACUGGUUACCUUUCCCAAUACCUCAAUGAGCUGCAGUAACAGCUGCGUCUUGAAAAAGCUAGAUCUGCUGGAAAAGCUAGAUCUUGGAAAAGGCAAAAUCCUGAUGGAUAUAACAGCUCUGCAGGCCCUCUUGCAUUCCAGCCAUUCUUGUAUCCUUACACACACCUCGACGAACCACUAUCCCAACAGAACAAGAUGUCUGGUUUCAUCUCUCCCUUUCCGUCUCACAGUGCAGACUGAUGAGGUCUAUCCCAAUUAUCGCUAUAUCUAUAGCUUUCAAUUCAAUCUGGAAGAGUUAAUAGAGACUAACCCAGCCCUUAUUACAAAGCUACAAGUCGCAAUUAGAAAAUCUGGAAUGAAAAAUAUCACAGAAAUCCGAACCAACAGACCCGACAACAUGUAUCUAGUGCGGUUACUGAUCUUUGGCUGCCACACUAUCCGAGAGCUAGCUGGCACAGAUCUGGCUCUACAACGCUGGGUUGCUAAAGAGCUACGCCAUCUUAAGAUCCUUCUUGAGAACUGCCGAAUGGAUAGAAUCCCUCUAGUAGGAAGGGAAUUCCUCGAGAAAUUGCGUGGUGACUACACAGCAUGGACCAUGCAACUUAUGAACGAGGUGGUGUUGGUCAACUCGCAGCUAAAGAAUUGACACAAGAACCCAAAGGAACCGAUGGAUGUUGCGGUGGUUAGAAGAGGCAAAAGACUGCAAUUAGGUUCACGAUCAAUAGACCAAGUCCCUC